UGCUACUUUGUUACGCUCCCAAGAGUUUAUACCCUUUUGUUAUAUCUUCUGCAUACAAUUUCACGGCACGCUUGAACAACCUGAGUAGUAGGCGAUGCAGGCUCCUUUCGUUACCUAGGCAACCAGGCGCAGCGGCUGCCCCUUUCCAGUAAGGGCCAGAGGAGCGACUGCCAGGAUGACGGCAAGGAGACGGUAGCCCUGGUUCAUGGUCGUCCUGGCAGUGCUCAGGCUUCCACUUCGGCUCAUUUCGCGCCUCUGUGCCUGGUGGCUUCGCAUAGACCUAAAAACAGCAGAGCUCCUCAGGCGUCAUGAUAGAGGGGCUCUGCCUCCGCCGCAGCUACACGACGUGAGGCAGGGGCCCAGCAACUCGACUCCUUGCCAUCAGGCCAACAUGAACGGCGGAGCUCCGGCGGGGCCAAACGCCAACCACGUUGCGGACCAGGAACAGAAUAGUACCAGCUUUAGCCGGCAAACGCCGGGACAUCUCGUGCAUGACACCUACGCCAGCCAGCGGAAAGCCUGGUGCGACUCCAUACGCGACCAGACACAUGCUUGGAACUUUAAUGCGUUCGAGCUUUAUGCUAAGACGCAUGGGAACCCGCUGGUGACCAUCACCGUCACCCUGCUCGAAACAUACGGGCUCCUGGACGGCUGGUUGCUUGACCGCACAAAAGUCGUCAAUUACUUGUUGCGGGUGGAGCACGAAUACAACCCCAAUUCUUAUCACAACAACACGCACGCAGCAGACGUCACGCAGACAGCAGCGGUGAUCUUGGAGAGCUUUAAGAAGCAAGUAAAGGAGAUCCCGAAGCUAGAGCGCUUCAGCAUCAUCAUUGCUUCUGCAGUGCAUGACCUCGGGCACCUGGGCGUCAACAACGACUUCCUCGUUAACAGCCGGCAUCCGCGGGCCACUAUGUACAAUGACAAAUCGGUCAAUGAGAAUUUCCAUAUCGCGCGGGCGUUCGCUAUCGCGCGUGAGCACCCGGACCUGGACAUUUUCAGCGGGUUCAGCCUCGACGAGCAGAAGCAAAUACGGAAGCUCAUGAUCGAGACGGUGCUGUCCACGGACAUGGCGGUGCACUUCGACCUGCUUAACCGGUUUACAACCCAGGUGGAUGCUAACCCCGACCUCAGCGCGUGGAAAGACCGCACGCUGUUGUAUCAGAUGCUGGUGCACUUAGCGGACAUUGCCAACCCCUCGCGGCCAUUCCACUUGGCGCGCGGUUGGGCAGAGCGGGUUAUUGAGGAGUUCUGCGACCAGGGCGACCGGGAGGCGGCGAUAGGUUUGCCCGUUUCGGCGAUGUGCAACAGGGCGACCAUGAACAUGCCCAAAGCGCAGCUGGGCUUCAUCAACAUCUUCCUGAAGCCAACGCUGACGUGCUUCGAAAGGGCGGCGCCGGACUUCGUCCGGAUGGCGCUGGAGCACCUGGACCUGACCAUUAAGGAGUGGUCCGCUCUGGAUGCCGGGGGGCUUGUGCUACCGCCGCACCUAAUGCCGCAGCCAGCGCAGCAGCAAGGCACAGCAGGACAGGGG